GUUUGUCCGGAGCGGUUUUCGCAUCUAGCGUUACGUACAGUUUUUAUUUGUAAUAUCAAAUUCCAGUACAGUUUUAUUUCACUGCCUCUAGAUGAUAUUAUGUCUACACGUAAUCCAUCCCCACCUCCAGAUUAUGACGGAAAUGCCAAACAACUUGAUAUGAUAGGGGACACAACUUACAGCAGACGUUGGCUUUUCUCGUUGUUAAUUAAAUUUCUGGAAAAGGUUAAUAGUGAGACCUCUGCAACUUGGCUAAGUUCCGACGAAGAUCCCUCUCGUAAGGAGUCAGAAACAGAACUGGAGGAACAGCUGUGUUGUCUGUGGGAUCUAACUGUCAAUCGUGAUGUUCUGAAAUUUCUCGACGAGUUUGAAAUCGUCUCAAUAUUUAACAAUGCUCUGGGGAGUGUCCAAAACCCCAGGUUACUGGAAAUUAUAGUAGGAAUUUUGGGAAAUCUAGCUUAUGAUCCACUUGCCUGCCGUAAAAUGAGUGAAAGUGAAUCGUUUAUUGUCCGUGUAAUAAACUUGCUUUAUACAAGAGAUACACCUGCACUAAUUGAAACAUGCAGAUUAAUUCAAACUGUGCUUGCUUCAGAUGAAUAUAGAACACCUUGGUUAAAUGAAAUUCGAUUUCAGCCAGAGUUUUUUGAAAAUAUGCUUUUUAUUUUAAAAAGCUCAACUAAUGCCACACUUUUAAUAGGUACAGUACGUCUCAUUGACGUCAUUACACGUGAAGAUGACAGUUUAGCUGAGGUUUGGUGUGGUGAGCAUCUGCUUACUGCUAUAUUAAUAGCCCAGCACCAAAUGAAGUGGCUUUAUGGCAGUGAAGUAGAAAUCAUUCAUCGUCUACUUUAUACAUUUUCCUCUAAUGUAAAUGGUGUGUCAGCCCUAGUCAAUUCAUUUUCCGAAGUGUUACCUACUUUUGGUGUUUACUUGCGUAAAGUUUGUGAAGAUGCACCUCAUCUCAUCCACUUUGUCACGUACUACAAUAGUUUACGAGCAAUCAUCCCGAUAAUAGAUGUCGUUAUAGCUAGCUUACCGUGCAUGGAUGCUAUGUGUUGUUACUUAUCAGAUCCACAUAUCCUUCCUUCUUUAAUACACAUUGCUUGUGGUUGCCAAAAACAAAAGUCUGAACUACCUUUGGUUCGUGGAAUUUUGGCCGAUUUAAAUGUAUUAUAUAAAGAUAUCAUCAAAUCAAUCAGUUCAUGUUUAGAAACAAUGGAUGAUUCAAACAUAGCACCGUUAACUACAGGUGAAUUACAGUGGUUAGCAAACUUAGAAAGUGAUGAUCAAUUUGGAUUUCGUGAAGCGUUUAUAAAUUGUUGUUUAAAUGAUGGAGAUUCUGAAACUAAAGCUUGUCUUAUUUCUGUAUGUAAUCGGCUAAAGUUACCGAAGAUUUUGGAAUCAGUAACGACAGAUGGUUAAACGUCAGAAUGAAAUGUUUUAAAAUACACAUUCACAGCUAAAAACGACGAGUGGGAAACGAGGGAAAAUUUAACACCAGCAGAUUUUAUGAGAUCAAAACAUCAGCCAAACUUAAUUUGCCUUUGUAGAUUUUUUAUUAUUUGAUUAAAAAAAACUCGUAACACUAA